GGACUCCGACACCGGCCGCUGGUCCUUCCGCGCCGCCGGCGCCCCGCCCGGCACGCCGGGCCCAAGCUCCACGCCGCGCGCCAGCGCGCCGCGCUCGCCGGUGCGAGCGGCGCCGGUGCGGGCACCGGAGAGCUACAUGCCGCCGGCCUAUCCACCAGGCCGCCCUGGGCCUGGCCCUGGCUAUCCACCGCGGCCCUCGUAUGGAUACCCCUACUACCCGCCUGCACCGGUGGCAGUGGCUGCACCCCAGUACUUCACCCCCAAGAAGUGGCGAGUGGCCCGGAACAACACCGUGGUGCGGAAGACAGAGAAGCUCGAGAGCGAGGAGGUUCAAAAGCUCCAGGAGGGGGAAAUCGUGGAGCAGGUGGCUCCUGCCUUCACCACCGAGAAUGGCAUUGUGCGGGUGCAGAUCCGACAUCCCUCCAGCCCGUUGUUUCCGAAGCCCAUCGGCUGGGUGACGCAAGACGCCUCGGCGGCGGGCGGCCCCACCUUCUUGGAGCCAGGGCCAGAGCCCAUGAAGAUGCAAGGCGCUGCCCCUGCUGCUCCCGGCGCACCCGGCUGGCGCCCCUCGCCCUGGAGGCCGAGAGUGCCACCACCCAGGCCGUUCGGCCGCCCGAGUAGCUUUCAGAACAUCUCUUGGACGCCAGGUUGAGAGAAGGACAGGUUGAGGUUGAGCGAGCAUGUGAGUGGAAGCGUAUGUCGGAGCCAAA